UCACAUCACAACUGUUUUUAUGGGUGAUGGAAGAUUGCUUGUUACCUACUUCUCCUCUUUAAAGCGUUUUAUAACUUCCCACUCCCACUCUACUUCCUCCCUCCCUCUCCUCUCUCCUCCCUUGAGAGAGAAACAAAUACACAUUUUGUUGUUAUCAACAGCUUGAUCUUUUUGUACAACAGUGAGGGGAAGUACUGCUGAAGAUUCAAUCUGUGAUCUGUUUGAACAAUCAAUCAAUGAGUAUGGAGAAGCAUAAAUGCAAGCUCUGUUCAAGAAAAUUCUCAAGUGGUAAAGCUAUGGGUGGUCACAUGAGGUCCCAUUUGAGAGCUCUUCCACUUCCACCAAAAACUCCCCCGCAGAAACAAGAUUCCGCCGCCGGUGGUGGUGGCUGUAGCGAGUCAACUAUAUCGCUCUAUGAGGAUGAAGAGGAAGAGGAGGAAAUUAGGGAUGACAAAUGUUUGAGUUAUGUGUUAAGAGAGAAUCCGAAGAAGAGUUCCAGGAUUGUAGAUCCUGAGUUCAUGGAUGCUGGUUCAGUUGUACAUGAAAAGGAUCAAAGUGAAACUGAGUCAACAAUGAAGCCAACUAAGAGGAGAUCUAAGAGAACUCGAUUGCGAAGACUGUUUACAUCUGAUCAUGAAGCUGUUGAUCACCAUGCUAAAAAGGAGAAGAAAAAAACACCUGAAUUUGAAUCUGUAAGUUCGUUUUCCGAUACUUCUCCUGAAGAAGACAUUGCUGUUUGUCUAAUGAUGCUUUCUAAAGAUGUCUGGAAGAAAUCAAAUUCAGACGAGUCGCAAUUGAAGGAUAAAAAACAAGGGAAGUACUACCAAUGUGAGAUUUGUAACAAAGUUUUGAAGUCAUCACAAGCUUUGGGAAGCCACAAAACGAUUCACAAGAAGAAUAAGAGUUCUUCUUGCAAUGAGGAAAAUUCGAGGCAAGUGAGAGCGAAGAAUGUGGAUCAUGAUCAUGAAUGUCCAUUUUGUGGGAAGAUCUUUGGGUCAGGACAAGCAUUAGGUGGACACAAAAGAUCACAUAUAUUGAGUUCAUCAAUUACUGGUUCAUCUUCAUCAAAAGUUGGUGAAAGUUUGAUGGAUUCGAGUUCUGGUAAAUUCCCAUAUGGGUUUAUAGAUCUUAACAUGCCAGCUCCAGUGGAAGAUGAAGAUUUUAGCAUUUCUUGAUCAACCCAAUUAAAGCAGAGUUUAGCAAAUGGAGAAGAAUGUGGGAGAGGUCAAAAUUGUCAUUCUCAUUUUCUUUUCUUGUUUUGGGGUUUUUACUUUCCAUAAUUGUUUAGUAAUUUUGUUGAAAUGGGUUGUGCUUUGUUAUAGAAAACAAUUGAAUUUUGAUCCAA